AUAGUAGAGUAUAAGUUAUACAUACAUCAAUUUUGUAAGUAUUAUUCUAUGCUAGCUAUAGAGUUUAUAUAGCUUCUAUAAAGCAACCCAGCUUUACUUGCCGUCAUAUUUUCCGGUGGAAUCACUUAUUUCUCCGACUACUUUUAAUCACUCUCCUCUGCUUAUUUCUCUAUUUCAUUCCCUACCCAAAUCGAUUCUCGUUAAGAUAAGCACACCCAAGUCUCUGUUUUUUAUUUAUACCAACUUUUUUUUGCCAGUUUUACUAUAUCCGGCAGGUUUUCCGGUGGCCGGAGAAAUCUUCGUGCUUUCCCUUUUUGUGUAAAGUUUUGCUGGGAUAAAAAAGCUUGGAGUUUUGAAGCUCAAAAGUGGUUCUUGUGCUGAAGAGAUUUGUAUCUAUAGGCUAAAAAUUCAAUCUUCCGAUAAUUUCGGGAGGCUUGGUUCUUGACUUUGGCGCUAAAAUGGAGUGUGAUUUGAUGACCCUUUGAUGAAUCUUGGUGAAUUUGAGCAAAAAGGUCGUGUCUUGUUAAAGUGUUUAUGUUGUCAAGUAUGAAGGCUCCCUCAUCAAAUGGUUAUGUUUCCAAUCCAACAGAAGGAGAAAGGAAAGCAAUUAAUUCUGAGUUAUGGCAUGCCUGUGCUGGGCCGCUGGUCUCUUUACCUCCAGUGGGAAGCCUUGUAGUGUACUUUCCUCAAGGUCACAGUGAGCAAGUUGCCGCAUCGAUGCAAAAAGAGACUGAUGGAAUCCCAAGUUAUCCUAACCUUCCUUCCAAAUUAGUGUGCAUGCUUCAUAACGUCACACUACAGGCUGAUGCAGAAACUGACGAGGUUUAUGCACAGAUGACUCUUCAACCUGUUAACAAAUAUGACCAGGAUGCUUUACUUAUUUCUGACAUGGGACUCAAACAAAGCAGACAACCGGCUGAAUUCUUCUGCAAAACUCUUACAGCUAGUGACACAAGCACUCAUGGUGGAUUUUCUGUACCUCGUCGAGCAGCUGAGAAAAUUUUUCCACCGCUUGAUUUCACAAUGCAACCACCUGCUCAGGAGAUAGUAGCUAGAGAUUUACAUGACCAGACAUGGACAUUCAGACAUAUCUUCCGAGGCCAACCAAAAAGGCACCUGUUGACUACAGGUUGGAGUGUCUUUGUCAGCUCUAAAAGACUCUUUGCUGGAGAUUCUGUUCUAUUUAUACGAGAUGAAAAAUCACAGCUUCUUUUGGGUAUAAGGCGUGCUAAUCGACAGCAGCCUGCUCUAUCCUCAUCUGUUAUAUCCAGUGACAGCAUGCACAUCGGGAUUCUGGCCGCAGCUGCUCAUGCUGCUGCCAAUAACAGCCCAUUUACCAUAUUUUAUAACCCAAGGGCUAGCCCAGCUGAGUUUGUAAUUCCUUUAGCCAAGUAUAACAAAGCAAUGUAUGCUCAAGUUUCACUUGGAAUGAGGUUUAGAAUGAUGUUUGAGACAGAAGAGUCAGGAGUGCGUAGAUACAUGGGUACCAUCACAGGCAUAAGUGAUCUGGAUGCUGCUCGUUGGAAAAGCUCUCAAUGGCGCAAUCUUCAGGUCGGAUGGGAUGAAUCAACUGCUGGGGAACGUCCAAGUCGAGUUUCGAUAUGGGAUAUAGAGCCUGUUGUAACUCCUUUUUACAUAUGUCCACCUCCAUUCUUCAGACCUAAAUUCCCUAGACAGGCAGGGUUACCAGAUGACGAAUCUGACAUGGAGAAUGCUUUUAAAAGAGGCAUGCCCUGGCUUGAUGACUAUGGCAUGAAGGAUGCUUCCAACUCUAUACUCCCCGGUCUGAGUUUAGUCCAAUGGAUGAGCAUGCAACAGAAUCAGCGGUUUCCAGGCACUCAACCAGCAUCAUUUUCUCCUGUUGUUUCUUCAACAGCCCUGCAAAGUGGUCUCGGCACUGAUGAUCCUUCGAAGCUAUUGAACUUUCAAGCUCCUGCUUUAUCUAUACCGAAUCUUCAAUUCAACAAAGCUAAUCAACAAAACCAGCCAGGUGGUCAAAUGCAGCAGUCAUCUUUGGCAUGGCACCAACAGCAACAGAUGCAGCAAUUGUUGCAGACUUCUGCCAAUCAGCAACAGCAGCAGCAGCAGCAGCAACAGCAACAACAAUCUCAUCAACAUUCCCAGCAGCAACAGCAGCAGCAGCAACAACAACAAUCCAAUCAGCCACAGCAACAACACCAACAAAAACAAUCUAUUCAACAAAGUCAACCACUACAGCUCCCUCAACAGCAGCAACAGCCGCUGGUACAAGUGCAGCAGCCAAUCCAACAAGUGCAGCAGCCCCGUCCGCAGCAGCUGCAUCAGCAACAACAAAUACUACAGUCUUCCCUUGUAAAUAGUGGUGGAGUUUCCUCUAACCAGAUCCCAAUUCAAAGUUCAAUGCUGCCAAUUAAUUACUCUCAGCUUCAGCAGCAACAACUACUUGCAGGAAAUACACAAUUGCAGCAAACCAACCCCAUAAAUAGUAGGAAUUCAAUACAGAUGACAUCCUUACCGCAAGACUUGCAGUUUCAGCAAUCUAUGGAACAAAUGAGUAGACCUCAGCAGCAGCAGCAUCCUCAAUUACAACAGGCUCAAAUGCAGCUACUGCAGCAGAGUUUGUCACAGAGACCACAAAUGCAACAUACAUUACAGCAGAGCCUUUCAGAGCAGCAGCUACAGUUGCUGCAGAAAUUGCAGCAGCAGCAGCAGCAGCAACUUCCGACUCCAGUAAGCCCUCGUCUAGAGCCUCAGCUGCCCUUACAGCAACAAGCUUUUCAACAAAAUCGUCAAUCACAGCAGAUGCCCAUGUCUCAGCAGCAAUUAAGUGGCAACAGCUUCUCCACAUCAAUGCUUCUUCCAUCAGCACAGUUUCCAAUGAACCAACUUCUAAGUCAACAUAAACCACUAGGAAUAAAUAGAGCUCAUUCUGGUAUCACUGAAGGGGAUGCACCUUCAUGUUCAACCUCUCCAUCGACCAAUAACUGCCAGGUGGCCCCAUCAAGCUUCUUGAACAAGAAUCAGCAGGGGUCAGGAGGAUUUUUAGAUGAAACGGUGGUCGGUCCUGCUACUAAUUCAAUUCAAGAGCUUCAAAGCAGGCCUGAUAUAAGAAUGAAACAUGAAAUAAUGAAUCCCAAAGGACCAGACCAACCCAAGUACAAAGGUAUUGCUAGUGAUCAACUGGAGGCCUCCUCAUCUGCUACAUCAUACUGCUUGGAUGUUGGUGGACUCCAAAACUUCUCACUCCCUGGCUUCACUUUGGAUAGUGACGUUCAGUCACAUGUGAAGAGUAAUCUUCCUUUCGCAGUAAAUAUGGACGGGUUGACACCUGAUGCUUUGUUAUCAAGAGGUUUUGAUUCUCAGAAUGUGCUCUCGAAUUAUGGCGGCACUCCUAGAGAUAUUGAAACAGAGCUAUCCACUGCAAUUGACUCUCAAUCGUUUGGAGUGCCUAACAUGUCAUUCAAACCCGGCUGUUCAAAUGAUGUUGAUAUAGCUAUGAACGAAACAGGGGUAGUGAGUAGUGGGUUGUGGGGAAACCAGACUCAACGAAUGAGAACAUAUACAAAGGUUCAGAAACGUGGCUCGGUGGGCAGAACUAUAGAUGUUACUCGUUAUAAGGGUUAUGAUGACCUCAGGCAUGAUCUGGCUCGUAUGUUUGGUAUUGAAGGGCAACUGCAAGAUCCCCAAAGAAAUGAGUGGAAACUUGUUUAUGUAGAUAACGAAAAUGACAUACUACUUGUUGGUGAUGAUCCGUGGGAGGAAUUUUUGGGUUGUGUUCAGAGUAUCAAGAUACUAUCAUCCGCUGAGGUGCAACAGAUGAGUUUGGAUGGUGACUUGGGUAACGUAGCAGUCCUGAACCAAACUUGCAGUGGGAGUGACAGUGGCAAUGCUUGGAAAGGACAGUAUGACGAUAAUUCAGCUGCCUCAUUCAAUCGAUAAAGCAAUGAGCUACUAGUCCGAAGUAUGUUUGCGUCCCUUUUAGACUUUUGGAGCACAUUUAAAUCAAAAGUUUUAAUGUGGCUGCUCGGAACCCUGGCGCUUUGUCAAAGCCCAAAACUGUAGUUAAAGAGCAUACUAUUUUACAUGCUAAUGGUGGAUAAACCAGUAGUGCCUACUAUAGAUUUGUAGCUGUAGCUUCUUACUUUCUUUUCUUUUUAUACAACCUGAGAAUUCCGUUUUUACAACGCAAGUCUGUAUAUGUAUAAAUAGAAGUUAGCCCUAAAGUCGGGUUACUAACGGUCUCUGUCGCACAUAUUUUUCUGUACCUAUCUUCUGCACUAUAGUUUGUUGAUCCCAGUCUUCUGGUGAACUUUGAGGUGAUAUUAUUAAAUCAGAUUUUUAGUA